UGUAUCUGGUGCGCGUCAGAUGCUCCCCGUCCCGCAGAAAGAGUUUGGGGAUUACACUGAUCGAAAUUCAGGAUCAUAUUCACUGUCCAGGGCCAGGGGAUCUUUUUGCCAAGCCCACCUUUCUAACAUAGCAGCUGAUACCUCUAGAGAUCCAAGCCGUUUUUGAAAGAACUUGGACAGCACAUCUUGAAACUCCUGUUGGCCGCGAAACUUCUGCUUGGUCAGCCCAUUGGACGAAAAAUGGUUAACCAAGCUGCUGGCAGGCUUUGCUACAGAAACAAGGUGAUUCUGGCCCCCAUGGUGCGUGUGGGCACGUUACCAAUGAGAUUACUGGCACUCGACUAUGGAGCAGAUAUCGUCUACUGUGAGGAAUUGAUUGAUUUGAAAAUGAUUCAGUGUAGGAGAGUUGUCAAUGAGGCCCUGGACACAAUAGAUUAUGUUGCAACAGACGACAGAGUUGUUUUUCGGACCUGUGAAAGGGAAAAGAAUCAUGUUGUCUUCCAAAUGGGGACAGCUGAUGCUCAGAGAGCACUGACAGUUGCACAGCUUGUGGAAAAUGAUGUAGCUGGUAUUGAUGUAAAUAUGGGCUGUCCUAAAGAGUAUUCAACCAAGGGUGGCAUGGGAGUGGCACUGUUAUCCAAUCCAGACAAAAUUGAAGCUAUCCUUUCCACUUUAGUUAAAGGAAUCUCAAAACCAGUGACAUGCAAGAUCCGUAUUUUACCAUCUCUAGAAGACACCAUUAACCUUGUAAAACGUAUCGAAAGGACAGGAGUUGCAGCAGUGGCGGUCCAUGGAAGAAGGAAAGAGGAAAGGCCACAGCAUCCUGUUCACUGUGACGUAAUUAAAGCACUCUCGGAAGCUGUGUCAAUCCCAGUAAUAGCGAAUGGAGGAUCUCAGGAGAUUAUCAAAGAUUAUGAAGGCAUUGAAGCAUUCCGCUGGGCUACAAAUGCCUCUUCAGUGAUGAUAGCCCGGGCAGCCAUGUGGAAUCCCUCCAUAUUCAGAAAAGAAGGACUGUUACCAGCAGAAAAGGUGUUAAAAGAGUAUCUGACAUAUGCAAUUAGAUAUGACAGCCAUUACUCAAAUACUAAAUACUGUCUUUGUCAAAUGUUGAGAGAUAAAUUAGAAUCAGCUCAAGGAAAAAAGUUGCAUGCUGCACAAUCAAGUGAAGAGAUUUGUGAGGCUUUUGAAAUGAUUGACUAUUACAAAGAAGUUAUGGCUGACUUGGAGACAAAGAGGGAUCGGCUGAAGUCAAGAGAUGAAGGGAAUUUGGAACAUCCCGAGGAUAUGGAAUACACUGACACCAUACAGAUGGCUGUCAGGUUCAACAAACGAGAGUACCCACCACAAAUCACACCCAAGAUGAUAUUACUUGAAUGGUGUCGAAAACAGAAGCUUCCCCAACCAGUGUAUGAGACAGUGCAAAGAGCUUCAGAUAGAUUAUUUAAUUCAGUCGUGACAGUGGCAGACCAAAAGUAUAGAUCCUCCUGUUGGGAUAAAACAAAGAAGGUAGUGGAGCAAUCAGCAGCUAUUGUGUGCCUACAAUCUCUUGGGAUCUCAGAAGGAAAACUGUGUGAGGGGGAAAACCCUCUCAAAAACAAACGAAAAAGAGAUGAAGUAGAAGUUGCCAAUUGCACAGAAAUGACUGACACUUCCUCCCUUGACACCAAUAAAAGAAGCAGCCCUUUGCUAUAACGGACAUUCCAGCUGUACUGGAUAAGAUGGAAUUCUCUGAAGUGGAAUGGCAAUUAAAAAGUUGUUUUAUGCAUUAAUAAAAUAACUUUUAAGUUGUACAUAUAUAUUUAUAUUUAUAUACAUUAAAGGGUACAUAUUAUAUAAAUAUAUACAUGUUUAA